ACAUCUCAAAGUUUUUCUUUACACAUAGAACCAAAAAUACGUACAAUACAUUACCAAGAAGUGUGGUUGAGAGUGAUACUUUAGGGACUCUCAGAACCUGGCACAAUGUUAUUUUAGAAAACAGUGGCAAAUAGAGUCUAAAAACUCUGUAGGCCUGAAUGGUCAGUUCUUGUCAAAGUUAUUCUAAUAUUCCAUUUCAGGAUGAACUACCUGUAUCAUUACAAGGUGAUCACCCUCUUCUUCUUCAUUCACACUUGUGCCUAUGCCUCUAUACUGCGCCACUGUGAGCCGGUCAAUGAGACCAUCUCUGUAGAAAAGGAAGAGUGCCCAAAGUGCGUGCUGAUUACCACAAGAAUUUGCAGUGGAUACUGCCUGACGAGGGACUUUUUGUUCAAGAGCACCAUUGCACCUCUCUACCAGCAUGUCUGCUCGUACAAGGAGAUUCGAUAUGAGAAAAUUAAACUUCCUGGCUGCCCAAAUGGUGUGGAUCCCUACUUCACGUACCCUGUAGCAGUUAGCUGCUAUUGUAGUUUGUGCAAAAUGGAUAAUUCUGACUGCACCACUCAAAGCAUUUCCCCGAGUUUCUGUAUUUAUGGCAAAACACACCUUUACCUAAUUUAGAGGAAGACCAGAAUGGAGUUUGCAGUCUGAGUAACCCCAAUACUAGACAUGUAGAAGGUUAAUCCCACGACCUCUGUACCCGUUAAAAUUUCUCAGCAAGAUGGAGCCUUGCCUUUUCAAAAAUUGACUGGUUCUCAUUUUAGGGCAAGAAUAAAAUUUGCAGGCUACAAGAAAAGAAA